AUGCAUUUCUAUCUAAAAUUUCUUCUAAUUGGAAUUGUUUGCUAUGCUCGGGAACCUGCAGAUAAAGGAGCGAAUGAGAAAACGAGAUAUAUUCUCAAUUUCCUCGAUACUUUACCCACACAAAAUCGGUAUCUUUCUGGUCAAUUCGCCGGCUGGAGUAACGUCACUUUCAAUCUAAUUCAAAUGGAUCAGAUCACCAAUCUAACAGGUCAUACACCCGCUAUACUUGGCUGCGACUAUGCUGCUGGAUGGUUACAUGCAACACCCCCACAAACAAUCAUCAACUAUUCUUGUAAUAAAUAUCUGAAAGAUCAUUCGAAUGCGAAUGGACUCGUAACCAUUGAUAUACAUUUUCCCAACCCGGCUUCACCCGAUGGAGGAUUCUUGAAGAAUCGUACAAACUUAACUUUCACUGAUUUAUUAGAUUUUCAAAGUGAAACAGGUCAACGAUGGAAAUCCUAUUUGAAUAUAAUAGCUGAUGGAUUGAAUGAAUUACAAGAAGCAAAUGUUACAGUUUUAUUCCGACCAUUGCACGAAAUGAAUGGAGCAUGGUUUUGGUGGGGAAAUCAGAAUUCAAAUGACUUUCGAUCUGUUUGGAUUUCACUGUUCGAAUAUUUUUCUACUGAAAUGAAUUUACACAAUCUUCUAUGGAUUUAUGCACCUGAUCAAAGUGCUCCGAAUCCAUCCAUGUUCUAUCCAGGAGAUGAUUAUGUUGAUAUUGUUGCAUUGGAUGUCUAUGUUGAUGAUCCGAAUUCAAUGCAAGGAUAUGAAGAAAUGGUUCGAUUAGGCAAACCGUUUGCGUUAGGUGAAGUAGGUCCACAUACAACUGAUGGACAUUUUGACUAUAGUUUAUGGCCCAUAGCCAUCGCUAAUCAUUUCAAUUUAAUCAGUUACUUUUUUGCUUGGGACGGUAUUUAUUCUCCGAUUGAAAAUCGAAAUGCUUAUCAAUUGUUCAAUAGCAAACAUGUCAUCAAUCGUGAUCAAUUGUAA